CCCUGUAGUGUCUGCUCAGCGGCUGCUGCUAUGGUCCGUGCACCAUCGAGACCUCAGUGGUGAGAUCAGCGUCCCGGUUUAGCGUGAACGGCGAGCAGAGUCGCGGAAGUAAACAUAGGAGGACUUACGCCGUGGAGAAUAUGAACAAAGUGGAGGCACCAUGUCGACCCGCAGCCUCUCUGAAAUUCACUAUUGACAACAUCCUCAACCUGAAGACAAGCGGGAGGAACUGUGACAGCUGUCACCCUGCCGGACUGCAGGAUGACUCGGCCACGGCGCUGCGUAAAGACGGGUUCCAGAGUCACCACGAGGAGCACGGAGUCCAGCAGAGGCAGGACCCGGGCAGCAGGCUCCACGAAAGCGAGCUGAGGACAGACUGUAGCGGAGCGACAGAAUCGGUCAUCAUCAGCCGCGGUGACCCGAGGAAGGCGGCGGAGGUGCGCUUCGAGAGCGGGGACAGCAGCUGCGACGACAGCAGCUCCACCACCACGGCCACGGACGCUCACAAGGGAGGCAGCCCGGCCAAGAAGAGCAAAGUGAUAACGAAAAAGAAAACACGCACUAUUUUUUCGAAGAGACAGAUUUUCCAGUUGGAGUCUACCUUCGACAUGAAACGCUAUUUGAGCAGCGCAGAGCGCGCCUGCCUCGCCAGCUCUCUCCAGCUGACGGAGACGCAGGUGAAAAUAUGGUUUCAGAACCGCAGGAAUAAGUUGAAACGGCAAAUCUCGACCGAAAUCGACGGACCCGUUAGCGAUUUCCCCGAGACUGGAAAGCCCGUGGUGGUGGGACAGCUCCCGGCCUUGUACAAAGAGAGCAACCUGCUGGGGAGAUGCCUGCUGCCCAUGCCUCUGCCCGUGGUGUACCCGGGGAGUAGCACGCCUUACCUCUGCUUCUCAAACGCCAGCAAGUACUUCAGCCUGUACGACGGGGACGUAUGAUGGUUUUACUGAGAGAGACACUGUUCGGUGGUCUGUUGCCAAGUUUCAAGCAUUUAAAGGUGUUUUAGAAGUUGGGGCCGGACCUGCGGCCUUAUGUUGAGGACGACUGCAAGUAUAGAGGAGUAGUUACAUAUCACAUACAAAUGAGCUGAUUCGGUAUUAUUUAUUUUUCAGUCAGUUAUGGGUUGUUUUUUUUAUUGGCCUGGCACUAAACCUGCAGUUACACAAAGUUUUUAGACAAUAACAGGCUGGCUAAGCUAAAGAUAGCCCGAGGGAGGCCUAAAACUAUACCAGUAUCUUCAUUUUAUUAAUUCCAUGACAUUUCAUUAUUAUACUUUAUUAUUGUUAUCAUUAUUAUUAUUAUCAUUAUUGACAACAGCAUUUCCAGCAGCCUAAAGCCACCAAAGAAAUUACUAUAGCCUAGCUAUUUGCAUGCAUUUUCUGUAUCAUAAUGGAUUUUGAAUUACUGAAAUUAUCUAUGUAUUUAAAUGAAUGUAAUUAACAUUUUAUUCUAUGUUUCACGCAUGUCUAUUUUUUUUCUCAGUAUCCUACUAUUCCCUUUAUUCCACGUUUGCCUAUAGGCUCAUUACACCAUUUACUGAAACUAAUUAAAACAUCUUCAUUCAAGAAAUAUUUCACAGGGUUGAUUCAAUAUUUUCAGGUGAACUUUGUUUUUCAGAUAUCAAUAGUUUGUUAUUUUUGUAUUAUUAUAAUUAGGAGAUGAUGGGGAUACAACGUUCAGUCAGAUGAAUAAUUGGAACAUUAUUUUUUUUACUGCAAACUUUGUGAUUUUAUGGGUAAAAGA